AAGAGGGCCGCGCUUCGAGCACCAUUUGCAACUACGGUGUGCGUCCAGUGAGUCGCUCCGUUCUCCACUAACCGGUUCUGUAUCAAAAUGGCUUCGAGGGAUCCCGCGUCCGAUCAACUAGUCAACUUCAAGAAAUCAUUAAAGGAUGGCCCAGGGACUAUAACUACAAAAACUGGUGCCCCAGUUGGAGUAAAGACUGCCAUUCAAACUGUUGGUAAAGGUGGGCCUGCCCUUCUCCAAGAUGUCAAUUUCCUGGAUGAAAUGUCGGCUUUUGAUAGAGAGCGCAUUCCUGAGCGUGUUGUACAUGCAAAGGGUGCUGGAGCCUUUGGGUAUUUUCAAGUAACUCAUGAUAUCACCAAGUACUGUGCUGCCAAAGUAUUUGAAACUGUUGGAAAGAAGACUCCAAUAGCAGUCCGCUUUUCUACUGUGGGUGGGGAAGUUGGUUCUGCUGAUACCGUCCGUGAUCCCAGAGGAUUUGCUGUUAAGUUUUACAGUGAAGAUGGAAACUGGGAUCUUGUUGGUAACAACACACCAAUAUUCUUUAUAAGGGAUCCAACACUAUUCCCGAGUUUUAUUCAUACUCAAAAGAGAAACCCUGCUACUCACUUAAAAGAUGCUGAUAUGUUCUGGGACUUCAUAACUUUAAGACCUGAAACCACCCAUCAAAUUGUUUAUUUGUUUGGUGACAGAGGUAUCCCUGAUGGGUACAGACACAUGAAUGGAUAUGGUUCUCACACUUUCAAAGUAGUAAAUGCUCAAGGUGAGGCACACUGGGUAAAAUUCCAUUACAAAACUGACCAGGGAGUUAAAAACUUACCUGUCGAGAAGGCGGCAGAACUUGCUUCCUCUGAUCCUGAUUAUUCUAUAAGAGAUCUGUACAAUGCUAUUGGCAGGGGUGAUUUUCCAUCAUGGACCUUCUAUAUUCAAGUUAUGACCUUGGCACAAGCUGAAAAUUGUAAGUUCAAUCCUUUCGACAUCACGAAGAUUUGGCCACACAGUGAAUAUCCCCUCAUACCAGUAGGUAAAAUGGUUUUGGAUAGAAACCCAAAGAAUUAUUUUGCGGAAGUUGAACAGAUUGCAUUCAGUCCAGCUAAUUUGGUGCCUGGUAUUGAGCCCUCACCUGACAAGUUACUGCAGGGCCGUUUAUUUUCAUACAGUGAUACCCACCGUCAUCGCCUUGGUGCCAAUUACUUGCAAAUUCCUGUAAACUGUCCAUUCCAAACACGCGUUACUAAUUACCAACGUGAUGGACCACAGGCUAUUGCGAACCAGGAUAGUUGCCCUAAUUAUUUCCCGAACUCUUUCUCUGGACCCCAGGAGUGCCCGAGGGCUCAACGUUUGCAACCUAGAUACAAUGUAAGUGGGGAUGUUGAUAAGUAUGAUAGUGGCGCCGAAGACAACUUCAGUCAAGCGACAAUUCUGUAUAAAAACGUUUUUGAUGAUGGUGCUAAGCAACGUAUUGUAAACAACAUUGUGGGUCAUGCAAAGGAUGCUGCAGGUUUCAUACAAGAAAGAGUCAUUAAACAGUUCACUGCUGUGCACCCUGAGCUGGGAAGCAAGAUCGCAGCGGGGCUGGCUCCUUACAAGAAGUACCACGCUAAUUUGUAAAUACAAGGACUGGGUUUAUGUGGUGCUACUCUUUGAUUGGAUGUUAGACGAGUUAUUUUACACAAUUUUUAUGGAUAACACGGUUUUUAUAGGUAUACACCAAUUUUACAAUUUGUAUUAAGUACAUACCUAUUUAGUUAUUAUUGUCAUAAUAAUUAUAGUUAUUAUUUUUAAUGUGUUCUAAUAUCUUGUACUGGGUAUCUUUAUUUUUAACAGUGGUUUAAUUUUUGCUAUUGUAUCUGGUAUUAGUGCAUGUUUGUAGAACAAAAUAGAAUACUAUUAUUUUACGAUGGUUUAUAUAUUUUUAUUGUAAUAAUAAAAUCAGGAUGUUAACAAUU